CGACGGCGUCGUCGUCGUCUUUCUCAACUGUUCAUUCCGCGUCCGUCUGUCGUUCUCUGCUGUCUGCCAUCGUAUCAUCUGUUCCCGAUAUCGCGCAUCCGUUCGAGUUUCGGUGUCCAUUUCCGCUGCCUGACGCUGUUGGCCGCGUAAAACCGACGCGUACUAUCGAUCGUCAUUCGUCACUGUCUCUCGUUUUCCCCGACCGUUUAUCUCCGCUCCUGCUGUCUUCGCACCGAGUGACCGGCUGAAAAACCGUCAACCGCGCGCGAACCGUCCAUCGCGUACUUGCGCGGUUUCUCGUACGGCAUACAGUCAACGAACAGUAUUUUUUCUCUUCUCAACAUGUCCACCACCCCGAAGUCCCUGCCGGAGGAAUCGCUUGGCGAAUCUUGGGUGGACAUCACGAGCUGCACAUCACCAAUAUCUUUCCAGAGCGCCGACCGUGUUACUCCAGUGCCAUUCAUAUCGUCCGGUGAAGAAUAUCUGAGACUGUUGAAAGAGGCACAAAGGGAGAGCAACUCUUCAUCCAGAGUCUUGUCUAAAGAAUCGUCCAUAAAGGGCAGUCCAAAAUCACCGCCAAACAGUCCAAACAAUGAAUUGGAAGACGAUCUCAGGGGAGUGUAUAUAAAUUAUUCAAACAGAGGUGGAGAAUUGUACAACUUGGAUAAAAGUACUGAUUGGAUUUGGGAUUGGAGUAGCCGACCAGAUCAGGCACCUCCCAAAAACUGGAAAUUCAUUCAUCCCAAGAAGAAGACAUACAGUAUGCGCAACGCCAAGGUCGGCAAAGACGGCCUCUUUUCCAAAGAAGUUUUGUACACUUUGUUCCUGACCAAUAUUUUGUCCAUACUGCUGGGAGCUGGCGUUGGUGCCUGGCUAUGUAAACGAGGCGGUAUUAUGAUGUCCAGAGUGGUUUUGGAAUGAUCAAUCUGUGGAACGUAACAUUAUAUGAACAUGCACAAAAAAAACAAGAAUAAAUGGUGUCAAUUCAUUGUCUUUUUUAAGUCUGAAAUUCAAAAAUGCAUGUUACAUUAUUUUCAAAAACAUAUUCCUUUUUGUAAUAUUAUAUUUAUGAUGUAGCUUAAGUUUUUAUAAUAUUUAAGAUGGUUAUUAUUAAUUUGACACAUUAGAUUUGGAAAUAUGUCUAAUAUUUACUAUUAUAAUAUACAAUUUAAUGAACAAAAAGUUCUCGGAUACAUUUUGUUAGGUACUCUUGAUUAUAUUGAUCCUUUUAAUUUUUUUAAAUUUCUCUUACUAUCAAUAUAAACUUAAAAAGUUAGUACCUCUGGCUUCUGGUCAAAUUAAAAGUCAUACAUGUACAUACUCAAAAAAUUUUAUAUUAUUAUUGUUGUUAAAUAUAACAAUCACAAAAAUAAAAAUAAUAGACUUUAUUCUUAUAUAAAUCUUAUUGAACAAUUUAUGUUUCUCUUAAUAAACUAAAAUUUUAAAUUAUUAAUCAAACCAAUAAGCUUUAAACUCUGAGGAAAAAAUAAGGAGGGGACCAUCAUUUUUUAAUUAAAUCAAACAAAAGGUAUAAAUACAAACUUAUACCAACUAUGUGAGAAUAUAAUUUUAGUACCGUUGUGAUAAGUCUGUUCGAUUUUUUUUUUAUUGUUUAUUAUAAUUUUUUUUUAUAUAAAAUAUAUAUAUUAUCUUCUUUAUGAUAUUUUGUUUAUAUCAAACUUAAAUGAACCCAAUUUUGUUUGUAUGUUUUAUAAUAAUUAAGUUAGAUUUUCUAUUUUACAUUAGCCAGUACACUUCAUUGUCGGCAGUGUGUCACUUUGUAAGGUAACCUCAUGUGAAACGAGGACCUGGCUCAUCCUUUUGUGUUACCCAAAUGACAAGCUUAUUUUGUGGUUAUUAAAUACUUUUUUAUUAUUAGUUAGUAGCUUAAUGUAACAUUAAGUUAAUAUAGAUAACAGCUUAAAAAUAAAAAAAUUAACCUUGUGUAACGUAUUUACCUAUCACAUUUUUUAAAGAUAUUUUUAAUAUAUUAUUUACAUAUUAAUUGUAAAAUUAUAUUACAUGUAUGGUUUUUUUUUUUUCAAUAAACAUGAAAAUAUCUA